GAGAGAGAGAGAAGGAUAGGGAUCGGAUCAAGGAUAAAGAGAGAGAUAAAGAUGAGAUGAAAAAUGAUAAAGAUAAAGAUAGCCGAAAAGAUAGAGAUAAAGAUCGUGAAAGAUACAGAGAUAAAGAUGGAGAUAGAAAUAGAGAAAGAGAUAAAGAUCGUGAUAAAGAUAAAGAUAGAGAUAGAGAAAAAGAAAGAGAUAAGGAUCGAGAUAGAGAAAAGGAAAGAGAUAAAGAUAGAGAUAGAGAAAAGGAAAGAGAUAAAGAUAGAGAUAGAGAAAAGGAAAGAAAUAAGGAUCGAGAAAAGGACAGAGAUAAGGAUCGAGAAAAGGACAGAGAUAAGGAUCGAGAAAAGGACAGAGAUAGAGAUCGUGAAAAAGAAAGGGAUAAAGAAAAAGAUCGUGAAAAGGAGAAAGAUAGGGAAAGAGAUCGUGAAAAGGAUAGAGAUAAAGAUAGAGAUCGUGACAAAGACAGAGAUCGUGAAAAAGAUAAAGAGAGAGAUAGGACUAAAGAGAGAGAUCGUGAUAGAGAGAGAGAUAAAGACAAAGAUAAAAGACAUAGUAGAAAAAGAAGUCGAAGCAAGAGCAGGGAUAGAAGAUCUAGAAGUAAACGAAGAAGAUCAAGAUCGAAAGAUAAAAGCCAUUCUCCUGUUAAAUCUGUAAAACGAGUUAAAAAGCCAUACAAGUUUUGGGAUAUACCUCCUGUCGGUUAUGAACAUAUAACUCCGAAUGAGUACAAAGCACUGCAAGCUACUGGUCAGCUACCAGCCACCCCUGUGACAAUUCCAAUAAACAUAGCAGCUAAUGCCCAGGGUAGUACAUUGAGUCGACAAGCAAGAAGACUUUAUAUUGGAAAUAUACCAUUUGGCAUAACUGAGGAUGUGAUGUCUGAGUACUUCAAUGAGCAGAUGAGGAUGGCUGGAGUGCUGAACAAUGAUGAGAGUGCUGUGAUUGCAUGUCAAGUUAAUCUUGACAAAAACUUUGCUUUUUUGGAGUUCAGGACGGCUGAAGAUUGCACGCAUGCUUUGUCAUUUGAUGGUAUCAAUUGUCAAGGACAAGCUUUGAAGAUUAGGAGACCGAGAGAUUAUCAGGCUAUGUUAGGACUGGCUGAAGCUGCAGCCAAUGCCGCCAAGCCUACAGUUCCUGGCCUGGCUGCUCCUGUUAGCUCAUCUACAACGACUUCCACAUCUUCAACAGUUUCUGCACUUGCGGCCAUAGCAGCAGCAACUUCAACUACAGUUACUACAGUUCCAGUUAUUGCUCCUCCAGGAAUUGUCUCAACACUCGUGAAUGAUACACCCUACAAAAUAUUUGUCGGAGGUAUUCCAAGUUAUUUAAAUGAAGAUCAGGUUAAAGAACUUUUAAGUUCAUUUGGACCAUUGAAAUCGUUUAACUUAGUCAAAGAUCCUGUGACAAUGUUGUCGAAAGGUUUUGCGUUUGCAGAAUAUUCAGAUUAUACUGUAACUGAUCAGGCAUGUGCAGGUCUCAAUGGAAUGCAGCUGGGAGAUAAGAAGCUGAUUGUUCAAAGAGCCAGCAUUGGUUCACGUAAUCCCAAUCCAGCUCAUAUUCCUAUCAACCUCCAAAUACCGGGUCUGAAUAUCGUUGAUGUAGUUGCAUCGGGUCCCGGUCCCGUAACCGAAGUUUUGUGUCUCAUGAACAUGGUUUCACCAGAGGAAUUGGAAGAUGAGGAAGAAUAUGAAGAUAUUGUUGACGACAUAAAAGGCGAAUGUAGCAAAUAUGGUAAUGUUAAGAGUAUUGAAAUCCCAAGACCUAUUAAGGGGAUUGAAGUUCCUGGCGUAGGAAAAGUCUUUGUAGAGUUUUUCGCCACGGAAGACAGCCAAAAGGCCCAAGAACACUUGGCUGGCCGAAAAUUUGCCCAUCGCGUCGUUGUUACUUCGUAUUUUGAUCCAGACAAAUAUCAUAGGCGUGAAUUUUGAUUAUAAUGUAUAAUAUAGUAAGGUUCGAAUAAUAUUUAUGUGUACAUGUACAUGGUUGCUUCGCUCCUGUACUUUUGGUGAAUUGCGACUAACGUGUCAACCAUGGUCAAUGUUUAUUGUGACUGGGAUGGAAUUGUAUAUUUUGUUGUUUAUUCAGAUAUUUUAAUUUAACAUCGAAAUAAAUUUGAUUGCUCUUUCAUUACCUUUAUAUUUUGUCUAUGGACACCUGUAACUAUGUCGAUUUUUGAUCGUCGCGGUUGGCGGAUUUAAUGAAUUUUUUUGUUGGUUAAAUUUUUAAUUGCAAAAGUCGGAUAAGUCAUUUACUAAAAUUCAUUUUUAAUAUUAAAUAAAUACAAUGCGAUUUCUAAUCCAAAAGUGGAUAUCGUAGUUGGUUGGUUUUUCAUGCUUCCAAAGUCAAAAGGGCUUUAUCCAUGCACAAAAAAAUAAUCUAACUAGCCUUCUAACGUCUACCUGUCAUUUUAUCCUGUCCAUUCCAUUUCGUGCUUUUGAUUCUUACGUUGUAAAAAAAAACUAAAAAUCGAAGAUUAUCACCCUUGACUUGGCAAAGUUUGUAUGUUUUUAUUUCGUUUUUUUAAAAUUAUUAAGAAAGGAUUACUUUUAUUUUUAAGCGUUUUG